CAACCCUAAAAAAAUAUAACACCCAAUAAAAACUCACCACGUGUCAAUCUUUUUUUCCUUCUAUUGAGGUAUCAGAUCCCAAUUCCCAACACAACAUUAGUUGUCACCCCUAGAUUUUCUCCAUCUCGAUUCUCUCUCUUUCUCUUUCCUCUCUUCAAAGUUUCAAUUAUUCUUCCAAAAUCAAAACAAUGGGAAACGCUCUCAGAUUCCUCUACGGUCAUUGUUGCAAACCAACAACUUCUGAUGAUCCACAAUCACUUGGUCCACACGGUGUUUCUUCAUCCACCGUUGGUCUUUCAGCUCUCGCCCAUGAUCUUUUUCACUUCGAAAACACCUCCCAGGUUCCGGAAGGACUAAGCAAACAUGUCGUCUCUUCGAAAAAAGCUCAAGCUAAUUGGUUUAGAAAGUUAGUAGAUGCUUGGAAAGAUGCGAAACCUCCACCUAGAACACCUGAAGAAGCAGCUAGACUUGUUAUUCUUACCUUGAAAGGCCAUAAAAAAGCAGAUGUUGAGGGUUUGUUGACUUUCUAUGGUCUUCCACUACCACAUACCCUAGUUGAAGUAACUGCUCAACCUCCUACAUCUUUGCCUCAUGGAGUCAAAUUUGAAAUGCACACCUUGCCGGUUGAUGCAAAAGCAGUGGCCGAUGGUGAUACUGUUACCGUUUAUGUUAGCACAGCAGACCCUAGAGAAUCAUCAGUUCUCCCUCGCAAUGUUCAUGAAGCAGCCUUGCAUCGAUCAGAAGCUCGUUCUAGAAGGAACUACGAAGAGGCGGAUGCAUUUCACAAACAGAUUAUCGAUGCGGGAUACCGGAUGAUUCCAUUUGAAAAUGAUGAAAUCCUAGCUAAAAAGUAUCGGAUUCGACUAAGGGGAAUCGAUGCGCCAGAAAGCGCAAUGCCAUAUGGAAAAGAAGCGAAAAUCGAACUGACAAAGAUUCUUCAAGGAAAGUCUUUGAGGGUUCUUGUUUACGGAGAAGAUCGGUAUCAACGUUGCGUUGGUGACAUCUAUUGCAAUAACAUUUUUGUACAGGAAUUUAUGCUGAAGAAAGGCUUAGCAUGGCACUAUACAGCCUACGACAAACGACCGGAGCUAGAAACGUGGGAGAAAGAAGCCAGAUCAAAGCGCGUUGGAUUAUGGGCUUCAAGAAAUCCUGAGAAGCCAUGGGACUGGAGAAAGAACAAACGAGGUGGUAAUUAACAUCGCCUAAAAUCACACCAGCGAAGACGGUGUUGAAGAAGUUGCUGCAUUGAUGAGGACAGACUGAAAUAAUGUGGAACUAAUUAAUGCCUAAUUGAAAGAAAAUGCAAAUGCUUUGUAUAUCUUCAUUCUUCAAUAUGUUUACUUAAUGCCUAAUAUUUUAUAGAAGGGAAGGAUACAAAAAUAGGGUGUGAAGGUGUUGGCUUCAAAUGCUGAAUGCCUUUUGUAUGACAUGUUGGUUUUUAUUCAUGUGCAAAACACAAUAAAGGAUUACAAAAUUGUCUUCUGUAA